ACAAAUAUUAACAAAAGAGAAAGUUAAAAUAAAAGAUUAUUUAAGGAUGAGAUAAUAUUUUGGGCCUUUCUCAUCUUGUUCCUCAUUCAAUCUCUUCUUCUAACUCCGUAAAAGAAAUCGCCGCCGGUUCAUUGUUUCCUGCUACGGGGGAGAAUGCAGAACGUUUUGUCUAAACGAAGUUGUCAGAGAAACGAUGAAGGAGUGGACAGGAUCAGUAAGUUGCCCGAAGCUAGGGUUUUCCAAAUACUGUCUUUGCUUCCACAAAGAGAUGUUGUAACCACCAGCGUUUUGUCUAAGCGAUGGAAUGCUAUAUGGAAGAUGGUGCCUAAACUCGAGUUUGAUUAUCAGCACUAUGGAGACGGAGAGACGUUUUCAGACAACGUUUGUAGGGUUUUGAUUUCCAAUAAAGCUCCUGAUCUAGAGAGUUUGUGUCUCCGUUUUAGUAUAGAGAAUUGUGCUCGUGGAGAUAUAGAAUCGUGGAUUUCAAUUGCAUACUUGCACCGUGUGCGUGAGUUGGAACUAGAUGUUGCGGGACCUUCCAGUCUCAAACUCCCUCUUACCUUGUUAUUUAGCCGCUAUCUAGAUACCUUGAAACUCAAGAAUUUUAUUCUUGUUGAUAGUGGUCGGGAACAUCGCCGUCUCAAGUACUAUGUGAGAACACUGCAUCUUUGCUACGUGAACUGCAAAAACGAUGAUUCGGUUGCUGACUUUUUAUGUGGAUGCCAUGUUCUUGAGAAUUUGGUUGUGAGUCGACGUAGAUGGGAUUAUGUUAAAUCUUUCACUAUUGAUGUCCCAACUCUGCAGAGACUUGAAAUUUGUGAUUGGAAUUGGAAUGGUCAAGAUAAAGAGCAAGAUCAAGAGUUUGGGUACUACGAGAUUAAUGCUCCUUGUUUGAAAUACUUGAAGAUCAAAGGGACUCGUGACAUCCUGUUUCGUCUAGUUGCUAGUGAUGAAGAAGAUCAUCUUCUCGGGAGGAUCAGAAACGUUUCCUUGUCUUCCAGGUCAUCUCUAAUAAGUGAGAUUGCAUUUCCCAAGUACACCAUCUUCCACCAGUUGGAAUAUUUGGAGCUAUGCACAUCUCAAGCAAUGUGGUGUAAUCUACUUACUCUUGUGAUCAACACGUGUCCUAGAUUACAAGUCCUCAAACUUAUAGGUUGCGGAUGGGAUUCUAGAAAAGUUUGUGUUGCGGGGAGAUGGAUUCAACCGAAGAAUGUUCCGGAAUGUUUGGAGACUUUCGUGUGGAACUGCUGCAGCAAAGAGCAACAAGAAAAAGAGAAAGGAGUGGCGAAAUACAUUGUACGAAAUGCGAAUCGACUGAAGGAAGCAAGAAUCAUCAUGAAAGAGUUUAACUCGCGGGAAAGACUUAAGAUGCUUGAAGAGUUUAAAAGUGUGGUCAAGGCUUCAAAUUCAUCAUGCAACAUUCUUGUGGUUGAAUGAAACUUCCUUUUUUAUUUUUAUUUCAUAGCAACAUCGCAAACUUAACUGCGAUUUUCACUAAAAAUAACUCUGUUUCAUGUCCACUCUCUAUAACAAAGAAAGGUGAUACUAUCUUAUUAAUAGACUCUAGUC